AUGCCACGGCUGUCAUCCUCGCUCGAGCUGGAGUCGCAUCUCGACACCGACACCGACAAGUACCGUCACGCCCGCGUCUCGAGCCGGAAGCCGGCGCAGCAUGACGAUCAAGGGCCCCGUUUCUUGCAACACGGCGCCGGAACCGCUGCUGAUGUCGCAUCCUCCGAGGCGCCAUGCUCCUCCAAGGCCAGCCUUGACGACGACGCCGACGACGAACCUGUCGGCGACGAACCUCGUCUCCCCGUCCAGCAUAUGACGGGCCUUCCACUCCCCGCCUCCACUCGUCCAGAGGACACGCGCAGCAGCCAAGACGAUUCAAUCGUCGACCCGUAUCGUAGCAAUCCGCCCUAUCACCUUCCAACCUUCCACGAGGCCUCGGAGCAUGAGCUGGACAUGAGCGACAGCGACGGCGGCGCACCAUUGAAGGAAAGUCUUGUGGCCGACGACGACUUUGGCUCCUGCGCAAGUGAUACGGAAGCCAAUUUUGAAAACAACGACGACGACGACGACCAAGACGACGACCAAGACGACCAAGACGACCAAGACGACCUAGACGACCUAGACGACCUAGACGACCUAGACGACCUAGACGACCUAGACGACCAAGCCGACCAAGCCGACGAAGAAGGAGGAGAAGACGACGACGACGACGAACCCUCUGUCCCCCCUCCCUUCCACCCAAACAUUUUACCAUCUCCCAUCCUCGUCGGCACCCUCGACGGCGUUUUCAACAUGGAUCCUUCCGAGUUCGUCGGUGUACCAGGCCCACCCUUCCAUCCAAUCGAUGCCGAGCUCCCUUUCGUCGACAAUUUCCCCCCCCUACUGAGCAACCCAAAUCCGUCUAUCCUCGGGUCUGAGAACCUCGGUCUCAUCGAUUUCUUGCGCGACUGGGUCCACCGAGGAGGCGUCGUUCCGCCCGCCCAACGCCACCCGCCGCGGCUCCAUCAAGUGCAGAGGCAAGCUUGUGUCAUGACCAAGCCCGUGGCCUACGCGGACCUCAUGGGCGACGAGUGCGACCUGCAAGGCUUGGACUGGGCCGCCAUGGGAACGACUCGCAACAUUGCGAGGGCACAGCGCCGCUACACGUACAAGAACUACGUCAAUCGUCAUGGGUCGGAUGGAUGGACGGCAAGGCAGACGAUUGCCUCCAAGGACAACUUUGUCCGCUUCAAGAGGAUGGACUUCUUCGAGGACGCCUGCCUGGCCCAUUUCCAGCUGCGAAGUGUGCUGGCGUGCCCGUCUCGCGGCGCGGCGUACUACUCGAGCCCGAAUGGCAUCAACAAGAGGAAUCUCCGAACCCGAAAGUCGAGUGUCGCCGUGAACCUGCGCGACUUCCCAGCCCAGGGCGGUGUCAUUUCCACCCUCGAUGCCGGCUGCGGCGUCUUGAUGGGCGGCACCUUCAACGGCGACUACUUCCUCAAGUCACUCUACUCCCGCGACGGGAGGGAAUACGCCGAGGGGCAGAUCUCCCCCGACGGCAUCACCAAUCACUUGAAAAUUCACAUGUCUCGGCGAAACGCCGGCCCCGUGGCGAGCAUCGCCAGCAACGACCGUGGCCUUCGCGUCAUGGACAUCGCGACGCAAAAGUUCAUCUCGCAGACGACGUAUCCCUUUGCCCUCAACUGCUCCGCCUGCUCUCCGGAUCGCCGCCUGCGGGUCGUCGUCGGCGACGACGCCAACGUUCUCAUCACCAGCGUCGACUCCGGCGAGGUCCUCCAGGAGCUGGCGGGCCACGGCGAUUACGGCUUCUCCUGCGACUGGUCCGACGACGGGUGGACCGUCGCAACCGGCUUCCAGGAUAGGGCCGUCAAGAUCUGGGACGCGCGCAAGUGGCGCAACUCGAGGGGGGAGAGCAACGCGCUCUGCACCUUUCGGACCGAAAUGUCAGGCGUCCGCGGCCUGCGUUUCUCGCCUCGGGGAAGCGGCAAGCCGAUUCUUGUGGCAGCGGAAGAGGCCGAUUUCAUCAGCCUCAUUGACGCCCAAACCUUCCGCUCCAAGCAGGUCAUUGACGUCUUCAGCGAGAUUGGUGGAAUCGACUUCGCCGACGAUGGGCAAGACCUCAACAUUCUGUGCUGCGACGUCCAUCGAGGUGGACUGCUACAGCUCGAACGCUGUGGCCGAGGGCCGAUAUCCAUGCUCGAGCAUGCAUGGUCGCAGCCGGUCGAUGAUGACGAUGGCGACAAUUGCUGCCAGUUACGGUCGCGGUGCCGCAGCCCGUCCUUGCUGGGCGGUCCGGGACCAUUCUGA